UGCGAGUAGGGCAUCUUUUUCUUCAGUCAUUAUUGAGGCUCUUUUACGUUUAAUUUCGCUGUCAACGCCAUGGAUAAGACUGCUCGCUGGGUGAAGAUGUUCGUCUCCCAGCUGCUCCUGCUCUGGCAUAUAUCAGUGGUGGUGGCAGCAGCAGAGCCUUUGGUCCAAGGGUUAAGACGACGCCCAGAUGAGGUCACAUGGUCCUAUUCAGGAACGUUAAACCAGAAGAUCUGGGUGCAGCGGUACCCAACCUGUAACAGCGCUCGUCAGUCUCCGAUCGAUGUGGAUGAGACCUUCACGCAGGUCCGACUGCAGUACCAGAACCUGCAGCUAGAGGGCUGGGAGCGCCGAAUAUCUGAGGGCAGCACCGUACGCAACAAUGGGACAACAGUGGUGAUUGAUGUUGGAGGGGAGUUCUUUGUGAGCGGAGGAGGACUGACUGAUCGUUUCAGAGUUGGACGCAUCGCCUUCCACUGGGGGCGCUGUAAUGCUACGUCAGAGGGCUCCGAGCACAGCCUUAAUGGGAUGAAGUACCCUCUGGAGAUGCAGAUUUACUGUUACGAUGAUGAAACAUUUAAAAACUUAGAUGAAGCCAUUAACUCAGAAGGGAGAAUCGCUGCUUUGGCUGUGCUUUUUGAGGUGAGCCUGGAUGAAAAUGACAAUCUGACGGCGGUGAUAGAUGCAGUGAACAGCGUUACUCGGUUUGGUAAAAUAGAGCCCAUUGAGCCUUUUAAUCUGCGUUCCCUCCUGCCAAACUACACAGACAAAUACUACAUCUAUAACGGGUCUCUCACAGCUCCGCCCUGCUCCGAGACCGUGGAGUGGGUCAUAUUCAAACACACUGUCCCCAUCUCAGAGAUACAGUUGGAGGUGUUUUGUGAGGUGCUGACAUUGGAGCAGUCUGGAUAUGUCAUUCUCACUGAUUAUCUCCAGAACAACUUCAGAGCUCAGCAGCAGGAGUUUAUGGGACAAGUGUUCGCCUCCUACACCGGGGUUGAGGAGGUCCUCACUCCAACCUGCAGCUCUGAGCCUCAGAACGUGCAGGCGGAUGCUCAGAAUGACACAACUGUGGUGGUGAUGUGGGAGAGGCCGCGAGUGGUGUAUGACACCUCCAUCGACUGGUACCUGGUCACGUAUCAGAAGCUGCAGGGUCCAAAGGAGAGCCCACAGGAGUACAGGACCGAUGGGGACCAGGAUGUGGGCGCAGUCAUCUUCAACCUGCUGUCCAACAGCAGUUAUGUGGUGCAGGUGGUGUCUGUCUGCACCAACGGCCUCAGAGGGAGGUGGAGCGACCAGAUCAUCGUGGACAUGCCCCAGGAGGACCCAGAGACUGAUACAGAUUCUGACACUGUCUCACCGGACAUGGUCCUCAACAAAGAGGUCUCUUCCAAACCUAACUGGGAGAAGCCAAAGACACAAAACCAGCUGAAUAUGUCCCCUGAUGACCACAGUCCAGUGGAGGAGGUCCCAUUGGAGCAGACCAAGGUCUACCAAAACCUGCCCAGACCCGGUCCAGCUGGGGUGCCCAAGUCCACACUGAACCAGAGCGUGAAGAAGUCCAAACCCAACAAGUCCAAGUCCAGAGACCAGGACAUGAACUCUAUAGAGGAGCCACAGAGGAUCCCAGCAGGGUUUGGUCGAGGUUUAGACCCAGGAUUUGGGGGGAAUGGGGCUAUAUGGAUCCAGGAGCCUACGGAGCAGCCAGGGUUUCUGUUUCCUGUGGCCAGAACAACCGUUCAAAACCCAAACAACAGAAGACAGAUCACAGAGGAGGCCUCACUGGCUGUGUCACAGUCUAUAGACAUAGCAGCUGAAGACUUGUUCACCCCACUCUCAGAGGAGGCCCAGGUCACAGAUGUGUUUUAUGAAGAUACUUUACACUCCAAACCAGAGACCACCUCUGCCCCUAUCACCUCUGCUCCGGACUCUGAGUGGAUCCCUGACAGAGAGACAACAGUCAGUCACUCCUUGGUUCAUUCUGUAUACAAACCGUUAACUUCCUCAUCUCUGCUGCGAGUCCUCAUGUACACCACACAGCCCAUGUUCACAGAGGGCAGUAACAGCAGCCAUGAGUCUCGAGUGGGUUUGGUGGCAGUGGACUCAGAGAAGAGGACAGUGGUGCCUUUAGCGGUGGUCUCGACUUUGACCAUCCUGUGUCUGCUGGUGCUGCUCGGGAUACUCAUCUACUGGAGAAACUGUUUCCAGACGGCAGACUUUUACCCAGACGACAGUGCAUCUCCCAAAGUGGUGUCUGCUCCUUCCACUCCUCUGCUGCUGGCCACAGAUGGACACGAUCCACUAACAGUGAAACAGUUUGUGAAACAUGUGCUGGAGCUCCACGCCACAAAUACUUUCUCUAAAGAGUUUGAGAUUCUCACUGAGUUCUCCGAGGAGGUGCAGGCGUGUACUGUGGAUAUGGGCAUCACCUCAGACAGCUCCAAUCACCCGGACAACAAGAGCAAGAACCGUUACAUCAACAUCCUGGCCUAUGAUCAUAGCCGGGUGAAGCUCGCCAACAGUCUGGACAGAGAAGGCUGCGGAGACUACAUCAAUGCUAACUUUGUUGAUGGCUAUGAAAGGAGCAGAGCUUACAUUGCAGCACAGGGCCCUCUCAGAGCCAGUCGGGAGGAUUUCUGGAGAAUGAUCUGGCAACAAAACGUGGGGGUCAUAAUAAUGAUCACCAACCUCAAAGAGAAAGGAAGGACCAAAUGUGACCAGUACUGGCCUGAGGAUUCUGAGGAGGACUAUGGGCCAUACCAGGUUUCUCUGAAAAGUACGAAGACUCUGGCCUACUACACUCUGAGGACCCUCUCUGUGAGAGACACGUCAAAGUUGUCCCAGAGGAGUGAGGACCACACAGUGAUGCACUACCACUACACUCAGUGGCCAGAUAUGGGGGUCCCAGAGUACACCCUUCCAGUGCUGUCCUUCAUCAGGACCUCCUCUCAGGCCCGUACCCAGGACAUGGGCCCUGUCCUGGUCCACUGCAGUGCUGGAGUGGGCCGGACAGGAACCUACAUAGUGAUUGACAGUAUGCUGCAGCAGAUCCAGGAUCAGAGCUCAGUCAAUGUCCUGGGCUUCCUCAAACACGUGCGCACUCAGAGGAACUUCCUGGUCCAGACUGAGGAACAGUAUGUGUUCAUCCACGAUGCUCUAGUGGAGGCCAUUUUGAGCCGAGAGACAUCCAUAACCUCUGACCACCUGCACAGUUACGUGUCUGAGUUGCUGACCCCAGGGCUUUCAGGACGCACACGCAUGGACAAACAGUUCAAGCUGAUCAGUCAGCGUCAGGCCAAACAUGCAGACUACAGCACAGCUCUGAAAGAAGGAAACGCAGAGAGGAACAGGGCCAAAGCGCUCAUGCCCGUGGAAAGAUCCAGAGUUUGUCUUACAGCCUCAGACACAAACUCUACAGGUUAUAUCAACGCUUCAUAUGUUAUGGGCCACCAUCACUGCAGAGAGUUUAUCGUGACUCAGACUCCACUCAGCUCUACAGUGGAGGAUUUCUGGAGGAUGGUUUUAGAAAAUAAUAUUCACACCGUGGUCUGUCUCACUGACUCACACUCUCGGUCUGAAGAGGACUCAUGUGUGGAGUACUGUCCAAGCAGAGGUCAACCAAUCAGCUUCAAGGAUUUCACUGUAUCAUUUUCAACAGAGGAACGUGUUUGUUUGUCCGGAGACGAGAAGCUUUUAGUGCGAGACUUUAAAUUACACUGUCCACAGAGUAAUUAUGAGGUGGUGGUGCGACAGUACAGUGCCACUUGCUGGCCCAACCCUGACAGUCCAAUUAGGAACAGCUUUGAGUUGAUAAACACAGUCAGAGAACACAGCAGGAUCUCAGAGGGACCAACACUAGUGCUCGAUCUAAUGGGUGGCCCAGUGUCAGGCCUGUUCUGUGCCCUGACCACGCUGUACAGUCAGCUGCAGGAAGAGGGCGCUGUGGAUGUGUAUCUCGUGGCACGAAUGACUAACCUCAUGAGGCCAGGAGUCUUCAAUGAUGUGGAACAGUUCCAGUUCCUGUACCGGUCGGUGCUGAGUCUGGUGAGCAGUCAGGAGGAUCAGGAAGUUCUUCAGAGUCCAGAGACCAACGGGACGGUCGCACUGGGACACAGCAGCACCGCAGAGAGUCUGGAGUCUCUCAUGUAGACUCUGACUACAUUUAUAACUUUGGACUGGAGGUGAAAUGUCCC